CUUAAAUCCCACCUUCACACUGACCUGUUUGCUCAUCUUUCUGACUCAAUCUCCAACCUUUUCACCUCAUUUCCCAAUUCUAAAUACAACCCAUUUCGAAUCAUCACAAUCCCACUAAACCCUUUUCAUCUCAUCCAUCCUCAUCAACAAUACAAACACCAUAUCUAUAUCUAUAUCUACCCACACAACAUUACCCUAUAUCUAAUUCUAUACGCAUACCAUUUCAGUAAUCUCAAGACACCAAGUCCUCAUGGCCAUGAAACAAAUUCGAGGUUUCAGAAUUCGACUCAAGCUCGUUAAAGCCAUCAAAUGGGCGAUUCAAGAAAGACAGAAGGAUUCCGGUUACUGUAAACUAAAAUCAACAAAUUGUGCGGAUAAAGCCAUCACAAAGCUCUGCAAAUUCGGCAGGAAUUUGAAGACAAGUGUGAAAGAGUUAUGGUUUCGGAAAUCUGGUUCAAAUUAUAAUCGGGUCGGUGAUAAAACUCCGGUGCCGAGAGGGCACUUGGCGGUGUACUUUGGUGAAGAAGAAGAUGAUGCGCACCGAGUGUUGGUGCCGGUGGUUUAUUUUAAUCAUCCACUUUUUAGUGAUCUGUUAAGAGAAGCCGAGAAGGUUUAUGGGUUUAAUCACCGCGGCGGCAUCCGUGUACCCUGCCGGAUAUCUGAAUUCGAGAACGUACAAACCAGAAUUUCCGCCGCCGGUGGACGUGGUGGCAGAGGAGGAUAUGGGUUGUAACCCACGUCACCUAUUUUUCGUUGAGGCCAAUUUUUCAGAUUUAUGGGUUUAAUACAUUGUUUUUUUUUAUUUUAAUCCUCAAUUGUUAGUCUUUUGGUGACUUGUAAAUAUAAUUUCGAUUUUAUCUAUUUUAUUUCA